GACGAGUUAACGAGCAAUGGCAGUCGAUCUGCGUCGGUCUGCCGCCUCUGCCGCUGUUAAAUGUUAAAUGUCAAACGCCAGCGAGGGUCCGGAGGGUCGGAGUAGCGACUUGUCAGGGACGUUUUCGGUGGUAGAGAUGGCCGCGAAGGAGCCGAUCGUCGUCGAGUCGAUCGACGGCGGCGGCAUUGCCGAGCCCGGGAUCGAGCCCGGCGCUUCCACGGAGACGAUGCUCGUCACCACCGACAGCUUCGACGAGUACGAGCAGGAGAUGAGUAGCAGCAUCGACGGUGACAGGCAGAUGAAGGAGAGCACGACCAGCACUAUCUCCGAGAUCCAGGAGGACGUUGUGCAGGACGUUCCCACGAUACCCACGAUACCCACCUCCGCCAGUCCGGCAGAAUCCGAGAAAAACCUUUCCCUCGACGACGCGGAGAUGGACGAUGUCGCGCAUCGUUUGGGCCAAAGUAACAUAGACGGAGACCCGCUGCGUUGCAAAGCGUGGCUGGCGCAGAAGAAGCACAUUUUUAUCCUGAGUCAGGCGGGGAAGCCGAUAUAUUCUAGAUACAGUUCAGAAGACAAACUAGUCACAGUUAUGGGUGUUAUGCAGGCUUUAGUAUCGUUUGUCCAAGCCGGCAGCGAUAUGAUCAGAUCGGUACACGCUGGCGAUACAAACUUUGUUUUCGUCGUGAAAGGUCCGUUGAUCUUAGUGGCGGUAUCCAAAACUUUGGAAAGCGUACCUCAGCUCACCUUACAGUUAACAUAUGUAUAUAAUCAGAUAAUCUCUGUGUUGACGCAGUCUCAAUUGAAUAGAGUGUACGAUCAGAGGAGAAACUUUGAUCUACGAAGGUUAUUAACUGGUAGUGAAAGACUGAUAGAUCAUUUACUGAACUUUAUGGACAGAGAGCCCGCCUUCUUUCUAGGAGCCAUCAAAUGUUUGCCCUUGGUUCCCUCCAUGAGAAGUUCCAUUACGCAGACCAUCAUUCAAACUUGCGCUAAGAUCAAGAAUUUAGUAUUUGCCAUACUUCUAGCUAACAAUCAAUUGGUCACACUAGUUAGGAUGAAUAAAUUUUUCCUACAUCCAAUGGAUUUACAUAUAAUACAAAAUCUGGUGGACAGUUCCGAGUCGCUCAAAACUGCUGAAAGCUGGACGCCGAUCUGCCUACCGAAAUUCGAUUCCAAUGGAUACAUGCACGGUCAUGUGUCCUAUCUGGCAGAAGAUUGCCAGGCAUGUUUGUUGUUGCUCACCGUUGAUAGGGACGUGUUUUUCGUGCUAUCAGAGGCCAAACAAAAAAUCGUGGAGAAAUUGCGACGGACAAAUUGUCUAGAAGCGAUAAACGAGUCUAUGAACAAACCGACGGUAACGACUGCCGACAUUGGAUUACCUGAGAUGCGACACGUUUUAUACAAAUGCAAAAGUACCGCGCAAUUCUGGAGUCCCGGAGUUAAACCUCCUUACACAACGGAUGAAGAGAUAGAACGACUAUUGGGGCUUUAUCAGUGUUUGCAUCACAGACUGCAUUCUCCUAGUCGACCCUUAAAACUUAUAUUUCAGCAGCUAGAUAAGGAAACGAUGUUAGCGUGGGUGGCUUCUGGUUUCGAAUUAUACGUAACAUUUGAGCCUCUGGUAACGAAACCAGAUGCCAUUGAGGCAGUGAGCAAGCUGUUGAAGUGGAUAAAAAAAGAGGAAGAGAGAUUAUUCAUUCUGAACUCGCCCACAUUUUAAACAUUGCCAAGUAAUUUGUAAAAUACAUAGGGAAAAUAAUAUGUAAAAUUGAUAGAAAUAUUUGUCGACCAAAUUUCGAAAAUGUGUGAGAUGCAUCAAGGAUUCCAAAGUAAAACGUCCUCGUCAUAAGUUUCCAAAGGCAGGAGUAUAGUUAUUUUUCGUCCAUUAUUAUGCAUCGGUAAUUAAUAUUUUUUUAUUUACUAAAGCAAUUGUAAUAUAACGCAAAUAAUGUGAAAAUGUACAUAGAUUUAAAUAUGUUACAACGGAUUUGAUUCCGGGU